AUGCCUUCAGCAUCGGCUUCAUCUUCCUCAUCAUCUCUCUCACCUUCAUCUUCCUCUCCCAGCAGCAGCAGAAGCAGCAGCAGCAGUGGUAGUAGUAGUAGUAGCGGCACCAGCAGCGGCUCGUCCAACUCUUCAAGAGAGAAUGUUGAAAAGAAAAUCACAGGUGUUCGUGCAGUAUCACGACAGACAUCAUCUUCUGGUAUUCGUCGUGUGCAAUUGAACCCAAAAUUGCUUUUUGAGAAAACAGAUGUUGGCUGGAUUGAUGUACCAGCAGGAGCGGGAAGUGUUUUGCGUCGUAUUGUGGCAAACUACGAUGAUUUCCCAGAAGGGCGCUACCGCGUUGUGGAUUAUUUUCGAACUGCUGUGGAGAUGUUUAUAACACAGCUUCGGCACGAAUAUACACAUCAACGACAGCAAGCACAGAAGGCAGGUAGGGCAAUGGCACGCUUUACUUGGCGAAAUAAAGGGGAAUUGGCUAUCUGCUUUGCGGCAUCAUGUGAUAUGCUCAAAUUACUGUACGAUCGACUUCGUCCUGGUCCCGAUAGACCUAGUUGGGAAGGUUUUGUGAAUCAAUUUAUUCUCUUCCUUAUAAAUGAAUCAAGAGUUCCACCCACUAUACUGACAGAACAAACAUACAACACAAAGUUUUUGGAUUGGCGAAAAGGAGGCACCCGCUAUCAAGGGGAUCAGUUAGCUUCUAAUGUUCGCUUUCCUUCUGCAGAGGAGCGACGUUUAAAGAUUGAGACAUAUCUCCGCUCAGGCGCAGGGUACAACAUAGAGUCAACCGUUCUAGAGGUACCAGUAGUGGUACAAAAUGUGCGGGAAAGCAGUGCUCUUGUUAACAUUAAUAAUACUACCACUACUACUACUACUACAACUACUUCUACUUCUAUCACUACUACAACUACUUCUCCAGCAGCUAUUAGUAAUGGUAGUGGUAAUGGUAGUAGUCCGAUAGCCCCUUUUGUUGGUUUUCCGCGUGGACAAGCCCCUGUAAAGGUACCAACAAAAUUAAGCAUGAAAGGACCACCAGUGCUUGUUGCUGGAAAACAAGCAGUAGAUGAGUAUAGACACUUGCAGUGGCUUGCAAAACUGACACAGAUCACUGGUGGGUCUCCAACUCUUGAGUUCCCUGAAGAACGUUCUCAUAUGAUACUAGCUUUUGUACGCUUCUGCGAGACAUCUGAAAUACCUGAUCAUUUUAUUAUAAUUAUGAAUAUAUUGAUAAAAUCCAGUGAAAAAAUUCAAGACGUUUUUGAGCGAGGUGGUGGUAUAGUCGUACUACGUCGUUUUGUCGGUACCCUUGUACGGUUAAAGGAUGCCAAUGGACUGAUGAACCUUAUUGAUCGAAUACUCCGCAUGAAACUUACGGCUUGGGGUCAUAGCAGCCAGCAGUCGUGGCUGCGGGACUUGGUUGGAAACAGCGGCGGAGAUCUGAAGUGGAUGCGUGCGCUUGAUAUGAUACCUGCAGAAAAACAGAAGACGUGGGAAACGCUCGUCUCAACACUGGAGGAGCGCUACGUACUAGCCGUCUCACGAGAGACAGGAGCGCAACAGCAACAACAAGAACAACUACAACAACAAGAACAACGUGGAAUAAAAAGAGGACGUGUGGGGACGAUGGAAGAGGCGCUGCGUGCGUCGCUGGGCGACAGUGUAGGCGGCGGUACAUCGGCGUUGUGUGUUUCCACCGCCCUCUGCGCUGCACUGCCGUGUGAGUUGCGGGCCCCACCGCUCUCGUCAAGUAUAGAGCACGACACCAUUUCGUAUCUUAACAAGAAACGGCAGCUCUGCGAGGAGGCACAAGUAUCGUGGCGCGUGGCCAUUCUCAACGCACUAAACGGCAGAUGUGCCGGAAUGCCGAUUCCGUUGUGGUACGAUCCAUACGAGCUACUCGGCGUCGAUCCGCAUGCCGGCAGCUAA